AUGGCACAGCCAUUGAUCCUGCCACCGGAGCCGCAGCUUCCCGGCGUGGCGGUCGCCGAGAAAGUCACAGUGGAACAUUUCGAGCACCAAAUAGAAAGUCCUUAUUCAGAAAAGAACGGACUUCUACUCGCCGACACAGAAGAGACGGUCGAUAACAAUCUUCUGUCAAAAGAUUCUAUGGGAAUGGUUGAUGAAGUCCUUGAGAACAACAACGAAUCUGCUAUCGAAAAUGUAGCAGCGGAUGUUCACAAGACAUCUCAAAAAGUUACAGAAAAUGGAGAAACCCCCAUGGCUAAGAAUCUUCCCAAGUACACGAUGGACGAAAUUGCAGGGCACAACACGAUCGCAGACUUAUGGGUUGUUAUUGAUAAUGAUGUUUAUGAUAUGACCGAGUUCCAGCACAAGCAUCCGGGCGGCUACAAAGUUAUGAGAGCAGUUGCAGGAAAGGAUGCCACCAAGAAGUUCGAUAAACAUCAUAGAAGGGCUGUUCUUGCGCCGAAAAAAGAGACCCUUCUGGUUGGAACGGUGAAUGAGAGCGGUCAGUUGGGUCAGUCAAAACAUAAGAAAGGUUUACUUCGGAGGUUUGGGUUUGGUUUCGGAUCAAAUUAG